AUUAAAGAAAAUGCGAAGCAAUCCUUUCGUGGCCCUCCAACUGGGUUUCAACACCAGCAGCAAUUAAGUCUGCAUAUAAUUCAUUACUGCACACGUACAAUUAAACAUCGCUACUGUAUAAGGCACCCUUUUUAUUAGACCAAUUCUCAGAUGAUUACAUUUGUUUACAUUUCAAUUAUAUGCACUGAAAUAUGCCAGGAGGCAACAAACCUCUUCUGUUUGUCAAGGCUUGUGAGAGGAACAGAAAAUGACUUUUCAGUAAAUGAAAAGAAGCUCUCAGGAGCAGUAAAGUGAAAUAAAACCUACAGCGAAGGGCCCACGCCUAACAUGGCUACAAUCCAGUUAGUUAAUUGAUUCACGGGUGAUGUCUCCACCAUAACCUCUGUGAUCUUGAGAUGGAGGAUUUAGCUUUUGUGGACCUGCUGGAGUGCCCUGUGUGCUUGGAAAGACUUGGUGUGUCGGCCAAAGUGUUGCCAUGCCAACACACCUUCUGCUUGCCCUGUCUUCAGAAGAUGGUCUAUGGCAAGGCAGAGCUGCGGUGCCCUGAGUGCAGGACCCCAGUCACAUGUGAAAUCGAGGAGCUGCCUGCCAAUCUGCUCCUGGUUCGGCUUCUGGAUGGUAUAAGACAAGGCCCUGGUGGGAUGUCGAAAUCAAACACUGUUCGGAGACCCAAGGUCUUCUUGUCGCAGGACCCCUCCAGAAAAAGACCUGGGGACCCAAGGAAUUCACAAGCACUGCAGCACAGACAUCUGCAGAACACCAUGAGCUCACUGGACGGGGUGCCGUGUGCCAGGGCGUUGUAUAACUAUGGAGGUUCCCUCCCCGGGGACCUGAAGUUCAAAGCAGGAGAUCUCAUCAUCCUGAGACGGCAAGUGGAUGGAAGCUGGUACCAGGGAGACAUCAAGGGUGUGAGCGGACUGUUCCCAGCUAGCGUUGUUCAAGUUAUCAACCAGCUUCCCCAGCCUCCUCCCCUCUGCAGAGCUCUUUAUAAUUUUGAGAUGAAGGAGAAAGACCAGGAUGAGAACAAAGACUGCCUGACCUUCCGAAAGGACGACAUCAUAACACUGAUAAGACGUGUUGAUGAGAACUGGGCCGAAGGAAAGCUGGGAGAUAAAGUUGGAAUAUUUCCUGUCCUGUUUUCAGAGCCUAAUUCCACCGCUGUGAAGAUACUUCAGCAAGGCAAAGCGAACGGCUGUCGCAGUAUCUCAGGGAACAACUCCUCCACCUAUCGGAGUGGCUGCAGGCGCAUCGACACCCGCAGGAGAAGCCUCAAGCAGCCCUCCAUGACCAGCUCCCUGAACCGGCUCAACAGAAGAGCCCCAUCUCCUGAGUCUGAGUGCCAGGCCCCAGAGAUCAGCGCUCCAGUUCUCAUCGGCUCCAGUAACCCCGCUCUAGUGGCACAGUUCAGUGAGUGGAGCAGGGAGGGAUCACCAGGCUUCUCUUCUCAGAUACCUGCCACUCCUAUGGAGAGAGGAGUAGCCCUCGAACCCUCUCCUUCCCCUGCCGUGGAACCUACAAACUCAAAAACCAUGACCAGCGAUACAGACAGAUCGCUCUCCAGACAAGUGUCUGUCAGCGUCUGUGCUGCCUUGUAUCCAUACACACCGCGGCGGGCCGAGGAGCUGGGGCUACAAAAGGGGGAGAUGGUUGGUGUUUAUGGGAAGUACCAGGAAGGAUGGCUGAGGGGCCUGUCACUGCGAACAGGCAAAGUGGGCAUCCUGCCAGGCAACUAUGUCACCCCAGUGCUCAGAACGUCUGCUACAGUCUCGGAGCGCAAGCCAGCUUUGCUUACUACGAGUCCGACAGGAAGGAGGUCACUGAUUGUGAAACCGCAAGCAACAGUCAUUCCCCUUGACAGAAAUUCUUCAAAUGGGACAACAAGGCCAGCCGUGCAGCUACAUUCCGUUGCCAUGCCAAACCCUGUGACAUCGGCGGGCCUGGUGAGAGCAGCAGCCCAGCCAGCCAGCACUGUGGGGAGAGGCACAGGGAGGCGUGUCUUCAGCACGCCACAGAGAGGGUCUUCAAUUCCGGUUAAUGGUACAUUCCGCCCCUCUCCCUCUGCUAUGGUUCGACCCCAGCAGCCCCACCCUCAACUUUCUACAAUUGCACCUGUUGCCACGGUGAUAAGACAAAACCACCCUGUAAAAACCACCUUGCGCAGGGAUUCUGAAACAACAUUACCCUCUACUGGUAGCUCAGCAACAUUGAAUGCCAGAGAUGCUGCUGUAAAUGGGACACUUACAAAACAAAUAACCCCUCAAUCCAUACUGGUUAAACCGGAUUCCAACAAAAACAGUUCAGAAAAGCAGGUCAAAACGGUCCGCUUCCAGACUCAGGACUCCCCGCCCCAGCUGAAAAGGAGCAAUUCACAGCCAUCCGCACAGAGCACCUUAAAAAGACCGGAGCAGACGAGCACUGGGGCCGCCACACAGGAACCAAGUAGCAGCCAGGGGACCACUCUCUACCACACCCGAGCUGGGUCCUGCCCCGUGGGAACAGAGAGCAAAAUACCAAGACACAACCAGACAACAGACUCUCUGGAUCUCUCCACUCCAGACAUGCCUGUCCAUAUUCAGCAAAGCUCCAUCAAAACGCAAGACUUAACAGAGCCACCAUCGACUGGAAGGUACAGGGUGUGGAUUUCCUGUGCAGCACAAAGAGAAGGAGAGCUGGAUCUGAAGGAAGGAGACCUGGUCCUGGUACAGAGGACACGGCAGGACGGCUGGCUCCAGGGAAUCCACGAACAGACUGGGAAAACUGGACUUCUCCAGUACAAAUUUCUGGAGUUUCUUGAAAAACAGAGCUAGCUGACUGCCAUUUUUAGACUUUGUGAAGAAAGGCUGCCAAAAAAGAUGUAAUAUAUAUUGCUUGUUUCUUUUAAAGGGAAGUUGUGUUGAGUUUGUCAAAGUCUUGACCACAACUCAAAGGUAUACUCUGAGAAAAGCUGUGUUCUCAUGUGUUUGAAACACAAGUCCUAUCGAAGCACUGAAUUAUUAUUGUUUUGUCUUGCUUUAACACGACUGUAUUAUUAAUUUAAUUGAAACUGAAUGUGUAUUGCAUAUCCUUUUGUCAGAUGGUAGACAAGAGCAUUUAUUCAGAUUUGUCCAGUCAAGGUCUCUCUUGUGCUUCACACAAAGGUAUGUAUGAUUGCAUCAUCAUUCCUGAUUUACUAGGUCAGUUCUACUCCCAUUUCCCAGUGAAGGUACUGUUAGUUGCACUUUAAUAAUGAAACAUUAAGCUUUAAAUACAUCAAGAAAGUGCCUUGCACAUCAAUCUGCUAUAGGAAUCGAUCCAGCAGACUGGAUCAGUUAACGGUCGUGUCCCUUUUUGAUCAGCUUCAAACAAAGGAACGAGGACACAUGCUUUGGAUAAUGCACAACCCUUUAGUCUACUGGUUUGUCCAUUGGAGCUGAGAUUCUGAUUCUGGCACUUAUAUUAGUGCAGGAAGAAAGGUUCAGAUGUUUAAAGUAUUUUGUUAGAAUCAGAAGUGAGAAAAGUGUUAUCUGUGUGUAUCAAGGAAGGAGCUUGUUUUUAAUUAAAUGAAUAGGAAGAUAAGAAAUGAAAGCAAGAAUUUCUACUGAAAACAGAAUAGAUAUUGGAAAGUGUUGAUAAAAGGAGUCUGUACUAUUAAUAGAAACUGUUUUUUUUGUUGCAGUUGACAGGUGAUGAGUGUGCCAGUUUAAAAGGAAAAACAACAGUAAUAGCAAAACAUUGUACAUAGUGUAAGAACACAUGGUUGCGUGACACCUUAAUAUAGAAGAAUAAUACAAAAUCCUCAAUACAUAUGCAAGCUUAUAAAAAAAUAAGACAUUGUUUAACACCAUGCUUGUAAAUGGGUACAUUCUUUCACUGACACAUCUGCCUUUGUAGGCUUACCCAAGAAUUCAGCUUGCCGUGUACAUACUGUGCUACAGUGGUUGAGUCUCCCAACCACUUACUCCUACACACACAUUGUAAAUAUAUCUUGACACCAACACAAAACAUACCCUGGCGCUCCGUGUAUGCCAUGGUAUAACUUACUGUAACAAAUGAAAGUGAAAAGCUUAAUAAAAUAGCUCAGCUCUUGAGGGGCCACGAUCUUUACAGGUAGGGCACAGGUUCACUGAAUGGAAGAUGAGAUGCUGUCAAAUGGCACUUGUGUAUCAAAUUUAAAAGGCAGCAUCUGAAUUCGUUCUCUCUAUGGUCUCUCAUGGUACAAACCUUAAACGUGUACCUCAGAUCGUUAGAGUGGCAUGAUCACGUGUCCCGAGGGCCUGAAGAUUGGGAUAGGAUUUAGCAGUAUAUUUAGCAUAUAUUUUAUAACUUUGUUAAAGAAUAAUAAAACAUCUGUAUUUUUGUACAUUAUCAAUAAAGAUGCCAAACAGUU